AUGAAAAUAGAACACGUUCCCCUGGACGCCUGGGAGGGCGUCGCCCGCCAUUUGGACGCCUACUCGCUGACGAAUUUGGCCCAAACCUCGCACCACUUCGAGAACCUGUUCCGGAAAUCACGUGUACUGCAGAGGGCUCCGCGCAGCGUUCUUCACCUCACUUUCCGUAGCCAGCACAUUUCCGUGUGCCUCGACGGCUAUUGCUACUGCUUCUGCGAGCCGGGCUCGCUGCGUCGAUUUGCGAACCCGGACUUCACCUAUUGUUGCUGCCUGCACAAAUGGUCGUUCCGGCGCUUCGUGUGCCCUUCGGAAGACUUUGUAUAUGCGGCGACGAGGGCCAUAUCGAAGAUUUUGCGCUCAAAAUACUUCCGCGUCGAUGUUGUACAUUUUCUCGAGCAUCCGUGGUACAUGUCGAUGGAGCUGGAUGACAGCCUUUUCUACCAGGAAACACCGGUAACCUCCGUGCAAAAAGCGCUACAAGAACUCGGCCAAAAUCUGGAGUAUCCUGCUCGGGUCGUGCUGCCCUACGGCUACCGCGAGCACAUCGGCCACUGUGGCGGCAACUUCAACUCCCGCUUCCGCAUCUUCCACCGUCGGCUUUUGGAGGGCUUCGACUUUGACGACGCCGGCAAGCUGAUCAACCAGCUGCUCGACAAAGGGCACGAGUCGGACGCGAUGGCGGCUGAAGUUCUCGAUCAGCUCGAACCGUGGCAAGUCGAGCGGUACAGGGAGCUCGAGGCGAGGUUGAGCCUGCCAGAGGGCCUCUUCGCCGCGAUCACCCCCUCCGAAGCGCACAACACGGUCCAGGAUUUCUCGCGUGACCUCGUUGGUGGUAUGAGCCUACUUCGUCUCGGGUCAUCCGCCUUCCGGGCCAUCCAUCCGCGUUUCCUCUCCCAAGGCGCUUUCGAGAAGGCCCAGGCGGAUUUGAAGAAGCUGAAGGAAGAGCCGGACAACGAGACGAAGCUCAAGAUCUAUGCGCUGUACAAGCAGGCAAGCGAGGGUGACGUUGCCGGCUCACGGCCCGGGAUGAUGGACUUUGUGAAGCGGGCAAAGUACGAUGCGUGGAGCCAGUUGAAAGGCACUACCAAGGACGAUGCCUCUUCAAAGUACGUCGGACUGAUCAAGCAGCUGCUGGCCGAGGAUGCAACGGAAGUGGCGGAUAGCGGACCCGGGAUUGCGGAGCUGCCAAAGAUUCAAGGGCUAGAUUACGCAAUCGAAGGAAAAGUCUUCAAAAUGACGCUGAACCGCCCGAAGAAAUUCAACGCGCUCACGCUGGACAUGUAUCGCGGAAUCCAGGAAGGUCUAAAAUACGCUCAAGGAAACCCCAGCGUAACGAUCGCUGUUUUGACUGGUACUGGCAACUACUUCUGCUCGGGCAACGAUCUCAGCAACUUUGCCGCCGCGGCGACGAAAGAUGCGGCCGGCGUCAAGGAGAUGGCCGAAGAGGCAAAAGUUGUUCUGAGGGACUACGUUAAGGCUUACAUCGAUUUCGACAAGCCGCUCGUCGCCCUGAUCAACGGCCCGGCCAUCGGCAUUUCCGUGACCGUGUUGGCGCUGUUUGACGCGGUUUACGCCACGAAUAAGGCGACGUUCCAAACGCCCUUCGCUCAAGUCGGCCAGAGCCCGGAGGGCGCCUCCGCCUACACGUUCCCAUUGUUGAUGGGCCCGACGCGUGCUGCUGAGUUUCUCCUCUUCGGGCGCAAACUCUCGGCUCUCGAGGCGAAGGAGUUCGGCCUGGUCAAUGAGGUGUUCGAGGAGGCUACCUUCAUUCAGCAAACCUCCUCUCUGCUCGCCAAGUAUUCAUCGCUGCCCCCGGAGAGUAUGCGCGAGAGCAAGAAGCUGCUCCGCAAGAUCCACAAGGACAAUUUGUACAAGGUCAACGAGGAGGAGUGUGACCUGAUCUGCGACCGCUGGCAGAGCGCCGAGUGCAAGAAUGCCAUCGCCAACUUCCUGAGCAAGUCGAAGAAG